AUGAAUGGUAAAAAUUCUUCACCAAAAACUAAUGAAAAUCCGUGGGAUGAGUUCUUUGCGCCAAUUUGGGAACCAAAGGCACCAAAAGCACCAAAGCAACGUACUCGUCCAUCUAACGGUAAAGAUGUGCCAGUAGGAAGUAUUAAAUCACAAGGAGGUGCUAACUUAAAGAAAAAGAUUGGAGGAAAUGAGAUAGACAAGAAGGCUAAGUUACAACGUAAGGUCGAGACAACAACCAAAGUCAGUAAUGUAAGCAACGACACAUUGCAUAAAAAUAAUAAGCUCGGGCCGUCUAUAAACAAAUCAGUGUCAACCAUUAAGAUGCCUAAGAAAAUAUCUGAACCCGUCAACAAAGCGAAUAGAAGUAUCAAUAAAGAGAGAGGAACUAUUAAUCGAUUAAAUGACAUUUCACACAAUGACGUUUCAAAAUCUGAUUUACGAAGAAAGGCUGCGCCAGAUCUUUCGCUCAAAUAUCCAAAGGCUGUAUCCUGCCCACUUGAAGAAAUGUUUGGUGAAACUAUUUUUCCAAAUUCUAAAAAACCGGAUCUUGCUAUUAAAAUGCCCAGUAGUAGUAAAAAAGAAGAUAGUAAUAAAAGAGAGGAUGGCAGUAAUAAAAAAGAAGAUAGCAAUAGUAAAAAGGAGGGUAGCAGUAGUAAAAAAGAGUAUAGUAGCAGUAAAAAAGAGGAUAGUAGUGGUAAAAAAGAGAAAAGUGUCUCCGUUUCCGCUCACCACAAGCCUAAGGAUUUAACUCAUUUAAAAACGCUUAAAGACUAUCAACGUGAAGCAGAAGCAAUGGGCCACAAAUUACCAUCAGAGCGUGAUCCCCCAAAUACAAUAUAUUAUCCUCGUAUAAAGCGUCUUCUAGACCCUGCUUCACUCAAAUUACCUAUUACGAAUCCUAAUCAUCCUAAGAACGUGAUUAAAUACCUUUCCACGGUGCCACCACGACCACGACCAAGUCCUGUUCAGUUGAAUAAGCUAGCACGAACCCAGAAUUCCAAUUUUGUAGCCUCGCAGUUUGCAACUAAAAGUCAAAUACAUCGUCCAGCAACUGAGAAAAAAGUCACUAGUAUAUCCAAAACCAAUUUGGAUGCUCGCCGAACUUCUUCCAAAUCAGUCACUGAAUUACAUAAGAUAUCUAAUAUUAAGGGUGAAAAGCGUACACCACGAGAAUUUGCUGUUGUGCGUGAUUCACCACAAGCUAGAGAUAAGAUACAUUUAGCGCGUAAGGAGUUAUUACAAUCUACAAGCAAAAAACGUAUAGCACAUGAAGAGUACCCAGUUCGCGAUCCUUCUAAUAUCAAAAGAAGAUUGACUAACAAUACUCUGUCGCCUUCUACACAACAAAUGGGCAAGAAACGAACAAUGCAUCUUUCACCUGAGCCAUCUCGUCCUUCUAAACGCCAGCACAUAAGAGAUC